AUGGGUAGGGGCAGCCUGAGGGAAAGGGCUGCAUCUGGAGGCACGGGCUCUGACGAGGCUCCAAAGUGCGGGAGCCGGAAGAGCCCAUCCCUUGACCCCCAGUUGGUGACAACGGAACAUAACAAGGUAGCUUGGGAAGAAAAAGCCACCCUGGUCAGCUCUGACUGUGCCGGAGAGGAGAGGCAGGCAUGCAUCUGGGAGCUCCCUCUUCCCCGGCAGGCUCCUGAGGAUAGAGGGAAGUUUCUGACCAGAGCUGGGGCGGGUGGGUGCCCCUCCACCCUCCCGCCCUCUUUCCUUCCGGUGGAUGACGGAGCCGCGUCCAGCACCGCGGACAGCUCCCGCGGGCGGAGCGGCUGUCAGGGUUCCCCCAGUUCCUGCCAUGGCCCCUCUCAGGGGAGAGCCGAGAGGGAUGGUGGAAAGACAAGGCUGACCAAGCCAGAAAGGAGUCCUGAGGCCACUUGUUCCCCGGGGGACAUUCCUGCACCCACCACUGUGUCCUCCAGGGCACCCAGGCCACAUUACGGAAUCGCUACGACGUGGACAUGCAUGGUACCCCGGAGUCCUGGGCCCUGGCUUUCUGCUCAGCACUGGCAGGAGAAAUUCUACAGCCUUACUUAUUCCUGUCUUGGGAAAUCCUUCCUAAUGUCUAACCAAGACCUGCACUGCUAUAGCACCAGUUCUUUGACCUGUGGCUUGACAUGGCUGAGUGGAGAGGUAAGGAAAAACCUAUACCUAGCUCUGGCUACUUCAGGGAGUCUCCUGGACCCCAGGUAUUGAGAAAGAGAAACAGACCCCUCUGGCUUGGUGGAGGGACACCCAUCCCUCUGAAGACUCGCCUGUCCCUGCUCAAACUGUUUGUUUGCAGAAGUCAGUGCCCAGAGUGUUUUGAGUAGGAGGGUCUUUUCUUCCUUUCAGCACCCCCAAAGGGGGCUAGAAGGGACAGUCUUCCAGGAUUUCUGGUGGGGUUCUGUCGGAAGCCAGCCUUUCCCAUCCCGCCACCAGCGAGUUCCGGCAGAGUCCCUGGGAGACGCUGGGGUGGAGUUCCUUACCUCUGGAGCUCCACAGAAGGCAGAGAAUGAUUACUUUGACCUCAAGGGGCAUCUAGAGGGGCCAGCUUUGCCCAGAGGACCCUGAAUGAGGAGCAGGUAGAAGAAGGAGGCUAUUUUCAACCAAGGAAGGGAGGGCUGAAGGAAGGGACCCGGGGAUAAUUUAUGAUGUCAUUAUUCCCCACCCCAGUUUUCCAGCCACCACCCCUCUCCCCAGCUCCCUACACUGUUGCUAGGAGACCCUGGCUUGCUGUGUCUGGGGCUGGCCAUGGAACCAGGGCAGGAGGCUCUUCCAUCUGGACUCCUCCGCCCUCAUUCAGGGUCCACCACCACCCUUCCCAGGCCCUGAAAGACACCCAUGCCUCUUUUGUUGUUCCCCCAAAUCUAGCCAUCCUAGGGGGUUAGGGCUCCCGGGCAUGCUGAGGCUCUAGAGUAGGGAGUGGGGAGGGGACAGAGGGACAGAGGUUGAUGGAGGGGACUUGGAGGAAAAGCUGCCCACUCUGGGACACGUGAAUCAGCCCAGCCCAGGACAAAGGUCACAGGCAGUCAGGGACAUGGGCCUUGAGGCGCCCAGGCUUGAGGAGACAUUCCUUAGCUCUGGGUGUCUCCCCAGGUGAGGACAAGGCAGAGUUCUCAUCCCUACUACACUGUCAAGGUCAAGUUCAAGGUUAGGGACCUCAAAGGGGAGGGGGAGCCAGGGCUGGGAGGGGAGGCUGCCAGUCCAGGGGUGGGAAGGUGACCCUGAUCUCAGGCAGCAAUGGGGUGCAGGGAGAUCCCCUCCUCUUUCGGAAACUGCAUCCCUUCUCAGAGUUUGAGGCUCUUGGAGAAGUCAGUUGAGGUGAACUUGGGGGUCUCUGAAGUUGCUGUCUCCCAUCCAGGAGGAAAAGAAGGCUGUGCCUGGUUUCCGGGCAGCUGGCCCUGCUGAAUCCCCCCGGCCCCCUUUUGAGACAGGGUCUCACUGUGUAGCUUUGAAGCCCAGGCUAGCCUUGGACUCAAGAAUUCACCAAGUCCUGGGACCUCAGGCGCAUGCCACCCCACUGGCUGCGUGUGUCUUUCUCAGACUGGCUUUCCUCCUCGCCUCAGGAACGGGGAGCGGCCUCGAGUGGGCGCCUGCUCGGUCCUGCAAGUGCAUUCUCAGCUGUUAUCUCAGUCUUUCCAAGAGCCCUGAGCACUGGGCCAUCCUGUCCCCACUUUUUACAGGAGAAAUCAAAGCUUCAAGAGGGAUGUGUCCCUCUCCCAGAGUAACGGGGGGGGGGGAGUAGUAAAUGAGGCUGAGCUACAAAUGGGGCUUUGUGGGCCCCAGAGUGCAUGCUCCCUCCCUCCCUCCCCACACUGACUCCCUGUGGAUGGACGGAGAAGAGGACAGAUGGCCUCCCCCGAGUCUGAGUCUGAGGGGUGCUGAGGAUGAAGACUGGACUGAUGAAGAGGCUGCCUGCCUGGAGCUUGGAGCCACCCCAGUCCACUCGGGUUGCUCUCUACCCCAGGGAAGCACUUGCCCUCCCGAUGCCCAAGCCACAUUCCCUGGGCUUCCUACCUGUGCCCUGCACCUGAAUUCUUGGGAUGCGAGGCUCUGCGUGGGGAGAGCCCCAGGCACUGUCUUGGGCUCCCUUGUCACUGAAGCCCCCUAGCACCUCGCUUUUCCUGAUGGGGGAGAGGCUUCCAAGGCCACAGGAAGUUUCCCCUCUGCCUUCACCUCAAUUUUCCAUUCAGAGUACUUUUUUUUCAUUCUUGACUGAUUUUCU